AUGGAGAAGGGGGAGGGGGAAGGUAAGGAGUUAGAGGUAGGUGCAGAAAGUCUGCAGCUGGGGCAGGUUGAGGAAGUGGAACAGGUAGACUCUGUGGAGGUGGAAAUGGAGGUAGAGCCGCAGGGAAAAGAAGGACAGACAGGGGAGUCCGACUCGGAGGCUGCCUCUAUGGAGACAAUGGAGUCAGAAGGGAAAAAAGAGGUAGAGGUGGAACCUUUAAAGAGGGGUUUAGAUGAGGAGGAUCGAGAUUUGGAGGGAGCUAUAGGAGGACGAAAAUGGAAGAUAGGAAGGAAAAAGCAAUGGGAUUGGUUGGAAUUCCUAUCGGACAGUGAGGAGGAAGGGAAUUCUCCAGUUUAUGGGGAAAGGAGUGAGGUGGACAGACAAGACCUCCCUUUAAAAGUGGAUUUUAAUGAAAUGCGGGUUUUGGGGGUUAAAUUCAAUGCAGAAGGUUUGGGCGGCAGGAACUGGGAGGACAUUUUUAAGAAAAUACAAAGAAAGGGCAGGGAGCCUACGUGUCCAGUGAGAGGGCUGGCACUAGGCCAAGCACGAAAGAUUUGGAAGGAGGUGGCCCACCUGGACCUGCUUAACCGCCAUCGGGACCUGGCCUGGCAGGUGGCGCACGGGGUCCUCCCUGUACGAGCAGUAAUGCACAGAAGAGGGAUGUCCAGAAUUGCAGUGUGCCCCAGAGAUGGCUGUGGCUGUGAAGAGUCAGUGCGGCACCUCCUGUGGGACUGUGAGGCGGCCCAGGCCCUCUGGAAGGAGGUGUGCCCUCUGCUCCAGCACCUGCACCCAGGGAUAAUGCUAGACUGCCAGCUGGUCUUAUAUGGGACAAAAGGAAAAAUAAAAGCAAAAAUAAAAGCAAAUGCGUGGACUCAAGCAUGGCAGGUGGUGAACUGCACAAAAGAGGCCCUGUGGAAGGCAAGGUGCCUGCUGGUGCUGGAGGACAAAUUACUGAAGAAGGAACAAAUGAAGAGGGUGGCCUGGGCCGCAGUAAAAGACUACAUGUUCCGAGACAGUCGACGGAAGGGACAGGAGGUUGCCAGGCGCACAUGGGGGCACGCUGCAUGGACAAUGGUGAUGGGACGGGGAGGAUUAGCCUGCUCAGGUCCAGGACUCCCAUUAUGACGGGACAGCAGGACAGGGAGUCGGUGUGCCAAGUUUGGGGACUGGCAGUAGGCCGGUCAGAGGACGUAUGGAAGGAGGUGGCCCACCCAGAUCUGCUGCAUCGCCAUAAAGACCUGGCCUGGCAGGUGGCACAUGGGGGCCUCCCAGUGCAAGGUGUGCUGCAUGCCCAAAGAUUGUCACCCUCAGGGGUGUGCCCUUGGCACAGGUGUGGGCAAGAAGAGACAGUCUGGCACUGCUUGUGGAACUGCAAGGCAGCAAAGGCUCUAUGGAGCCUCUGUGGAACACUACUAAAAGGAAUAAUUGGGACUGCUUCAGCAGUUAAAAGCCAGACGGCAUUGUACGGUGCAGACAAACCUAGAAAUGGACAAAGGUGGAGGUCACUCUGGAUGGCGAUAAACUGCAUCAAGGAGGCGAGAUGGGUUGCACGGAAUGUGUGUGCAAGGGAGGGCAGAGCCAUGCCACCGGAAGCAGUGAAGGGAGUGGCGUUUGCUACCCUGAAGGACUACAUGUGCCGGGACCGAAGAAGGAAAGGACUGGAAUGGGCCAGGGUCAGGUGGGGGCAUGCAGCAUGGACGAUGAUAAUGGGACAGGGAGGAUCAGCCUGACCAGGUCAUGGUUUUUUAUGGUGGUGCAGUAGAGAUGGAGUGAAGGCAUGUUGUUUAGAGGGUACACCGCUGCCCUGUACAAAAGCUGUUUUAGUAUCCUCGUUGUUUUUAAGUAUUGUAUUGUGUUGUAAAUUUUAUUGUCAUGGGGAAGGAAAUGUUAGUGGGCAUCAUUUGUAUGGGUUUUUUUGUAUGCUUUUAGUAGUUUGUUUGGGUAGUUGGGUAUUUUAUGUUGGUUUGUUUUUAGGGGUGUGUUGGUUGUAUAAAUUCUUUUUAAAGGGAAAGGGGUGGGGUCUGGAUUUGUUUUUAAGGGGGAAGUGUUGCCGUUAAUGGAAAAGACCCAGGAUGAAUGUUUUUUUGUACUGGAUAGUUUGUAUGGAAUGUUUUCUGUGAAAUGCUGAAUGUCUGUUGUGUUGUAAGAUAAUUGUAUUGAUUUAAUAAAUUAUUUUGUAAAGGAAAAGGAAAAGGUGGUUCACCCAGGGCGAGGCUCGGCCAUUGCACUUCGGUCAUGCUGACCCCUGCGAAUUCCCCAAAUGUGGGAAUCUUGACCGCAUAAUUUCUGCUAGUGGGGGACUGCGUUCGCGCUCUCCCCUGAU